UCUUAUCUCAACCGAAAGGAGGAAUGUUCCUUCUUCUUCUUUUUCUUCCAUUAUUUUUCUGUGCUUGCAUCACAGGAAUAGCUGAGUCACGCAUAAACAGGUGAUGGGUGAAUCUGUAAACCGUCUUACUUCUUCACUUCCAUCCCCUUAAUCCAGAGAAAGAGAGAGAGAGAGAGAGAGAGAGUUCGAUUGGAUUAUGGCGAGGGGAGGCCCCGAUCAGCAGGACAAGGCGGCAAUGUUCUUCAUGGCAACGCUGAUCAUGUGGGCCGUGUCGGUGUUCUUCGAAAUACUAUUCAAUAGGCGAACCGAGUUGAUUUAUAUACUUGCAGGUUUCUUCUUCUUUCAAUCCGCCAACUGGUUCAUCCGCUAUGGGAUCUCUCGUGACCCCCUCUUUGUCAACACCUGCGUCUCUCUUCUCCAUUCUUCCAUCACCUCUAUUUUAGUGAUAUUUGUUUUGGUGAACCGUUCACUGACGAGAAAAGACGAAGACCCUUAUGAAAUGUUUGAGCACUCACAAUUGGUUGGUGCUAUCUGGCCAUGGGCAUACCAAGCUCUUUGUUUUUCGUGUGGUUAUUUCGCAUAUGACCAGUUGGAUAUGUUAAGAUAUCGCUUGUACAGUGGCUAUAUCCCAUCUAUACUAUCCCAUCAUCUUGUACUUCUUGUUUGCUUCACGCUUGCUCUAUUUCGCAACGUCACAAUCAACUAUCUUAUUCUCACUCUCGUCUGUGAGCUACACUCCGUAUUUUUACAUGUGAGGAAGUUGCGAAGGAUGGUUGGCAUUCGCGAUGCACAAAGCAUAAUCAUUAAGGUUGAAUGGGUUCUCAACUGGUUUACCUUUAUCUUUGCUAGGCUCGUGCCUCACGUUCUCAUAACAAUGAAGCUAGUGAAAGAUGCUUCCGAGUUUGAAAAAGGUGUAGAACUUCCACUUGCUUUGUUUGGAAUGGCGGGCAUGAAUCUUCUUAAUGUAUUACUUGGUCUUGAUCUCUUUAAAGCUUUCUUGAGGGAGAUCAAUCUAACAAGAAGCCAUCAAAAUCACAGAGAUUAGAGGUUGGGUCAAAAUUCAAAUUAAGUUUAAAAUCCCAUACUAUAAGUGAAUUUCUACAGUGAUGUAUUGUAAAAUGUGAGGAUCUAUCUGUUAAUGCGCGACUGUGUAUAGUGUGCAUAUUUAUUGUUUGUUGGUUGGUUGGUUGGGGGGGCAAGAUGUAGAUUUCUUCACAUUCUAUAUAUUUUGCUGACUGACAAUUAUUUUAGUUUUGUAGAGUGUAAUAGUGUUAAUUUGAAUGUGCUGAUUUUGAGAUGAAAAUUUUGGU